AUGAACACAACAAACACCGGUGACUUGCCUCCACAAGUACUGGAAUGGCUGUUCAAAGUGGUGAAUUCUACAUACCACAAUCCAAGAAAAACGUUUCAAGAUGUAUCGGAAACGUUGAUUGGGAAUAGGUUUUUGAGACCAAGAACGCGGGUUUUCACUGAGACAGAUGGGAAAUCCAGUUUGUUGUUGUGUCUGUAUGGGAAAGUCCCAGCAGCAAUUGCAGUUCCCGUGCAUGUAUGGGUACCACCAGAAUAUCCAAUUGUGGCACCUUUUGUGUUAGUAGACUUGGAAUCUCUCGGCGAGAACAGGUUACAGGUGAGUAAUGUGUUGAAUUCGAAUGGAAAGGUCUCGUUACGGGGGUUGAAGUAUUGGGAGCCUGAAACUUCGCGUAUUGCGACUCUGCUACAGGAACUUGUAUACCUGGCACAACAAGACGCAUUGAUACGGCCCUUAGAUACCUCUCAGGAAGCUCCGAUCUUACCCAGCAGGCCGCCCAGCAGGCCGCCCAGACCUUCUAGGCCGAAUACUACUACAAUCCCAGUUUCUAGCAGCGAAUCCUCUCGUGUGACCAGUCCCGUUGCAACACCGCCCCUGCCUCCAAAACCCAUUAAUCGCCCAUUUUCAUCCAGUUCUCGCAAAUCCACGCGUCCUGCGCUCGUGUCACCCACCUUGAUGACGCCGCCGCCCGCCCCCGCCGCGCCCCAACCAGACCUCAUCGACAAUUUCGAAAUGCAAGCCGCUAAUCCGUACCAUGAACGAGCAUUACAGAAGCUACGCGACUUGCUAGAACAAUUGGCACGCGAGGACGCACGCGUCGUGCACGAAACUCUCGAGACCAGAACACAAGCCAUCUCGGUGUCAAGAGACCGUUUCCAAUCACUUUACAAACAAGAAGACGCAAGCGUACAAACCCUCAAGUCUUCGGUGUUAACCACUACCCAAGUCUUAUCCUCAGAAAUCCAAGCGCUUGACACGGAAAUCGAUAAAGCACAGCGCUACAUUCAAGAAUACGGUCCCGAAACGAAAAUAGAUGACAUGAUUGUGCCGGAAUCGCCCGUCGCUUUACAACUAUACGGUCUUGUCGCAAGCGAUCACGCUCUAACCGAUUGUAUCCAGGCCCUGGGCCGUCUAUUCCACGAUGAAGCCAUCGACCUCGACGUUUUCAUCAAAAAAACAAGAUCUAUGGCCCGCAAACAGUUUCAAGUCAGAGUCCACAUCAUGAAAGUUAUGGAGCACACAUAG